AUGUCUCAAGCAAUCUACACCGACUUCGACGACACACCCACGAACCUGGCCAAACCGCGCACAGCAGCGACACUGACGCUGCGCGUGAUCAAAUCCUUCGAGUUCAGGACGGAGAAGUCCCUCGUUCUACAUGAUGUCAACCUUGAGACGGAGACGGUUGGAGGGUUGAAGGAGCGCGCAAGACAAGCGAUUCAGACGCAGGCGGGGUGGAAGCCGUAUAGGAAUGCGACUCUCGAUACGUUGAAGCUAUACACGAAAGCACACGGUGCCAAGACGACAAAUCUUAUCAUAAACUUGGACCAUGACGAGUGGAUAUUGGAAGACGACUCGAAGAUCUUGGCUGACAUCGGCUUUGAGAACGAGACGGAGGUCAGCUUCUUCAAUCGCGAGCUGUACGAGGCGUUCAAGAAGAACCCGGAGACGAAGUGGUAG